AUGGGGGAUCACGCUGAGAUGUUGCAUGCCGCUCCGGUCAUGUACAACGGCGUCGGCGCCAGCGCUGCCCCUCAUGGCGGCUGGUGGAAUACGGCGGUGCCCGCGACGACGUGCUCUACGGAGCUGGCCGGGUUCACCACGUGGUCGUCCGCCCUGGCUGCUAGCUACGACCUGGCGGCCGAGGGGGCAAAGGCCAAGAGCGCGGUCACCACCGCCUCAUCGGAGUCGCCCGGGAACAACAGCUCCGUGACCUUCCAAGAACCGGCCGGCGUCACGGAUCCUGCCGGCGUCGGAACCGCCGUGGUGCAGCAGCCUCUUGCUGGUUAUACUGACUGGACCCAUCCCUAUAUGAGCAGUGGCGCUACUACUUUGCAUGGGUUUCUGCAAGAUGGUCACCAGCAGGACAUGAGCUCAACAACUGAGCAGAGCCCCAUGACGGCAUCAAGCCUGAUGAACCCUUCAUCCAAUAACCUAGCCCUGGCCAUGCAAGGUCACCAUCACCAAGAGCAGGACCACCAGCAGAUGCUGUCCACCUUCGGAUCCGAGCUGCUCCUGUCGCCGACCUCGCCCUACGGGUUCCAGUCGUCUCUGCUAAGAAGCCUCAUGGAGCCGACAGCUGCGGCGGCGGCGAAGUCGCAGUCUUUGCCGGGGUACCAGCAGUAUGAUCAGUACCAGCAUAUGGGCAUGGGCCAGGCGAGGUUUGCACCGGCCGGUGCUACCAGGGAGGCACUCCAGUUCACCAACGACGCGCCGUUCUGGAACCCCUCUGCUGCUGGGUUCGGCGUGCCGCCGGCGCCGGCGGCAGCUGACCAAGCUAGCAGCGUACGCUCUGUCAAACCAUCGCCGGCGGCGCGCACUACAGCAACCCUUGCAUUAAAGACUGCGUUGGAAGGAGUAGGAGAGUCUGCUAGCUCAAUCAUCACCAAGAAGAAGGCGAACGGCGAGCCGGCCUUCAAGAAAUCUAGGCUCGAGACGCCGUCGCCGUUGCCAACGUUCAAGGUUAGGAAGGAGAAGCUAGGGGACAGGGUCACUGCACUCCAACAACUAGUCGCUCCUUUUGGAAAGACGGAUACGGCAUCGGUGCUCCAUGAGACCAUCGAGUACAUCAAGUUCCUCCACGACCAAGUUGGUGUCCUUAGUGCUCCAUACUUGAAGAACAACGACCAUCAUCAAGGGCCCCACUUGAAGAGCUCAAGUCCUGACAAGUCCAAGGACGACAGCCAUGGCGAGGUAUCGCUCAAGGGCCGGGGGCUGUGCCUGGUCCCGAUAUCGAGCACGUUCGCGGUAGCCAGCGGUGCCCGUCGACUUCGUGUGGAGCACUCCAUUUGCUGCCAACUUUAG